CUGGCCCUAACCACGCACGUCUACUUCAACCGGCAACAACAAGGUGCUCCCUCCGCCGCUACGGAUUCUCGCUGUUUAUCUUCCUCGAGCGUGAUGAAAAAUAGGCAAGGCGGCCUUCUCCUAUCUGCAGGUUAAAAAUAGGCAAGGCGGCCUUCUCCUAUCUGCAGCUCCUCCACGCCCCCGAAGAACACGGACAAGGAUGCGCGUGCGGGAGAGCUGCUCAGUCCAUCUGGAACUACUCACAGGCUAGCCGAGGGUCUCCCUGAAAGGGAAAAACGAGCGUUGGAUAAUCUUUUUAGCAUGGAAGAAGCACCAGUAGUUGUAAAUCAAGAAACAAUGAAAGAAGCAUCACCAGACUGUUUUGACAGUGACGGCGACGGUUCAGGAGGAUCUCCCGGCCCUCCUGGAACCCCAGCAAUAACAUCUAGGUUGUCAUUGCUGAAAAUAGGCGUCGUGAUUUCAAAGUUCUCAGAUUUCAAGAAGGAGUUGGUCCGAGAAACUGGGUUUGAUGGAUUGCUGCACAUCAAGUCUUGGCAGAAGAUAAAUCUAAAGUACAGUGCUUACUUGAUGGAUAGAGUUGAUGUGGAGAACAAUAUUAUCAAUCUAGAAAGCCAGGGGAUGCUCGAGCUCACAGACAACCAAGUAAAUUAUGUGUUUGGCAUCCCAAUCGGUGAGCACACAAUUGUUUCUGAAGGUGUGGAGCCAUCAGAUGCUUGCGUUGAAUUUACACGGGUUGCAGCAUGCAUUAGCGACAAAGGUACUCAUAGUCUGAAGGCAUCAGAGGAAUACCUUAACCGCGACAUCACAGUUGACUCCAGGAAGAUAGAUAAGGAGUGUUUCAAAAUUGCUUUUGUAAUCUUUGUAGUUGGGCAUGCCCUUGCGCCAUCUGCCAAACACGACUACAUCAAAAUUGAUUUUUGGUCAGCCUUAAACGAUGUUACCAAAAUCAAAGAAUGGAAUUGGUGUCGUUACCUGCUAUCUCACCUAUUCCAAGCUGUGAGGAAGUUCAAAACUGAUGUAUUGAGGCGACCCCCAACCAUACACAUUGUUGGGUGCCAUCUUUUCCUGCAGGUUCUUGUUCUAGAUAGCCUAGAUCUCGACGUCAACAGCAAACCGCAGAGCGUCUACCCAAGAAUUGCACUUUUUGAUUAUGAUUCCAUGAAAAAGAUGGUUGACGCCAUAUCUGUAAACAUGGGAGGAGGAGAAAUAUCUUACCACCGUUCCUCGCUUCGUAGGGAACAAAAUGUCAGCAAGGAACUUGUGUGUGUCGACGAUCCUGCAAACAAUUUUCCUCGGCCUACACCGACACCGAAACGGGCACAGUUUGCAUCUGCUCCCGUCAAACGAGCAAGCUACACCAAGACUGGUCCACUAGAAUUUGCUAAUCAUAUACGCACAAAAUACCCGACAAUAUCGGGAGAAAAGCUUGGUAUGAUUCUCAACGAACACAAUGCACGGGGAUUGGCUCAUAUUUCAGAAAUGAGACAGUCGUUCCAGUCAACAAUGUUCAACUUUGUAGACAAGUUAGUAUCAUGCAUUGCUGACAAUUGCACCUGUUGCAAGGCGUUUGGUAGGAAAGAAUGCAGGCUAAAAAACGAAGAUGACAUCGAUGCGGAAAAUGCACCAGCUCCUAACAAUGAAGCAACUGUUUUUUUGACCCCGAUAUCCAAUAAGAUAAACACUAGACUAGAAGGCAUUUUUGCUAAUGAAGGUAGUUAUUAUGGGAAUAGUUCAAAUGCCCGUAAGAGGAAUUGUGUGAUGGGAAGCAGUAAUGCAACCGAGUCGCAAAAGAAGAUAUGUGUUUCACCAAAUGAACCAAUCCAAGUUCGAACACCACCUGGCAUCGAUAUUCUGAACAACUCAUCUAUAUCUGCAAAGGACGGUGCACGCAAUCAAGUUGCCGACAUUGUAUAUUCAUUUUUUGAUGAUCUAACCGCAUCUAUUGUCAGCUACUACGCCGAGCUAAGACCAUCAUCUAAUUACGUCACUUUCGGAACUACAAACGACGUUGUCCCGAGUAAGAUACGAUUGCCAAAAUGUAAAUUGGCACGUGAUCCAUGGUCAGUUGGAUCAGUACCACUCCCCCCAAGCCAAACUGUUCUGAGAACUAUCAAGGAUUGGUUCCUAGCAGCUUCACGAUUAACACUAGAAAGACAAUGGAUUGCCCACCCAAAGCCAAGGCUCAUAUGUAUAGAUGGCAUUGAACUGCAUCAACAACUAGCCGGUAUUGACAAACUCAGCCACGAGGUGGGCGCUAUCAUCUUCAGGCGAUUCGGCCAAAUGGACAAGUUCUACAACAAGGACACAUCAACAAUGAUAUGGAGGAAAUUCCUGGAGCCUGAUUUCGCUACCGCGGUAUUGUCUAACGCUGACCCAUUGACCAUCCAAUCUAUCCGGACAAGCUUCACGGACGGAGUGGCUGAUUUGAACCCAGCAUCAAGCAGGCUUUGGCAUAUCCCAACAAUUCUACCUGAUGGUUGGGCACUUUACUCAUUUGACAUGCUGAAAAGAAGGAUCGUAGUACUAGACCCUGCAGUAGGACCAUUUGGCUUCAGCAAUCGCCAAGUGAACAUGCACACAUACGUCUCAGACAAACUUCAUAGUGCACUUUUUAGAUGUUUGCAAAUUAUGUUUGAGAACUGGCAUUGCAGCUACAGAGAAUGGACUAGGUCUUUUCCAGUCCCAAUGAUUGAGAAUAUGGAAAAAUAUAAUUAUGGUGCAGGGACUACAUUCCUUGCAUGGAAUUUCGACGGGGAGAAGUUCCAAAUCCCAGUGACGAAAGACAAUCUGGAGAGACACAAGAACUGGGUGCUUUAUGAGGUGAUGCGCACGGAUGGUAACGAGUCAAUGAUCCCGUCGGACGCCAUUGAAGCCAUCAAGGGAUCAUUCCUAGCUCUAUGAAGAUCACCAUGUCUCAAUUCCUUUAACGAACACCAAAUUUUUGUGUUUUUUAUAUUUAUUCUCAAAUAGACCAAGAUGGCGGUGGAUCUAUGAAUGUUUUCAUGCGUUCCUUCUUCCUGUAUUACAUUACUGCACAUCACAGAA